GCCCUCGGUUGGUUUGUCUUUCUUGCCUAUAUAAGUAUCGCCGGAGCCCCGAUGGAGGCCUGUAUCGUAAUAAAGAGUUUACGGCAGCUAGCUAGACAUCCGACGAGUUUGUGCUCUCUCAUCUUCAGAGCUUUGGCUGAUCUGAUGGGACUUUCCCCCAGUGUACUCGGCAAAUUCAGAGGAGACCCGCCGCCCAUGGAGAAUAUGGUGGGCAAAUCGCCGGAGCCGGAGCCGGAGCUGCCACCGGAUAUGCUGUCGAGCAUCUUUGCCCUCCUCGAGGUCCCUGACCUCGUGCGCGCAGGCUCUGUCUGCUCCUCCUGGCGCUCGGUGUACACCGGACUACGCCGUCAGCUUCGGCAGCACAAACAGCGCCAGACGCCUUGCCUCCUCUACAGCCUUGCCGGAGAGAACGCAGCUUGCCUCUACAGCCUUGCGGAAAAGAGGGCCUACAAGUUAACCCUCCCGGAUCCACCGAUCCGCAGUAGGUAUCUGAUUGGCUCUUCGCAUGGUUGGCUGAUCACUUCCGAUGAGAGGUCCGAGCUGCAAAUUGUAAAUCCAAUCACUGGUGAACAGAUUGUUCUCCCGUCAGUGAUUACUCUUGAGCAAGUCAAGCCGGUCUUUGACGAUGAAGGUGCUAUUCAUAAGUAUGAGUUGUGGGAGCCACGGUACACUGCACUUGCAGAAUUCCUUGGUCACGAGCCCUCAGUUUAUGCUCUCGAUGAGCUCCGUGACUAUCUCUACUUGAAGGCAUAUUUGUUUCCUGACCCGCAAACGGAAAGCUAUAUUGUGGUGCUCAUUCAUAAUCCAGAAUAUCAGAUUUCAUUUGCAAGGGCAGGGGACUGUGGGUGGACCUUUCUGCCACCAGGUUGGAACUAUCAAGAAUGCAUCUACAAGGAUGGUAUACUGUAUGCAGUGACAAGAACUGGAUCAAUUGAUGCUUUUGAUCUCUCUGGUCCUACUGUCACAAGGAAGACGGUUCUGGGUGACAUGAAGAAUUAUAUUUGUGAGCACAUAUACAUUGUUCAGGCACCGUGGGGCGAUAUGCUGCAAGUUUGGAGGGAACAGCCCACUGUAGAUGGCGAUGCUGGUUCAGAGAACAUAAAGGAAACCAGCAAAAUAUUUGUAUAUAAGAUUGAUAUGGCAGCAAAAAAGCUUGUGGAAAUAAAUGGCUUGCAUGGCCAUGUGUUGUUUCUUGGGCAUAGCCAGACUCAGUGUCUCAGUGUGGAAGAAUAUCCGCAAUUGAAGGCAAACUGUGUCUACUUCACCGAUGAUGUAAGAUUUAUUUCGUUGUAUCAGAAUAGUAAACGUGAUGUAGGUGUUCUAAAUUUGGAAAAUGACACCAGGGAAGAAAUUAUACCUCAGAUUUAUUGCAGCUGGCCAAAUCCCAUAUGGAUAACACCCAGUCUUACAAUGAUGUACUCGGGAUUGAUGUAACUGUGUUCAAUGCUAUGACAAUGGAGGCUUGUUCCAUUUAUAUUAUAUUUAUCAAAGCAAUAAUAUAAAUGUUUUUUGCCAUAUUUUAUUUUA